GUGCCAAUAUGUGGAAGAAGAUCUCAGCAACAAGAGUGACAUGCUCCUUAAAUACAACCCUGUCUACAAAAAGGUACCUGUUCUUGUGCACCAGGGUAAGCCCCUUGCUGAAUCACUGCUCAUUCUUGAUUAUAUUGAUGAGACUUGGAAGCAAAACCCUCUUCUUCAUUCUCCUUAUGAAAGGGCCCAGGCAAGAUUCUGGUCCAAAUUCGUUGAUGACAAGUCUAAAAUCCGCCCAAGCAUUUUGAACACAUCUGAUGCACCAUGUAAUUAAGAUCGGGGGAGUGCGCUGGGAUGCUUGAGAAGCUGAUGCUAGCUCAGGCUCAAGAGUGCGUCUUUGAGAACGGUAUCGCCAAAGGAAGCACACCAGGUGUUUGUUCCAAGAUCUCUAGGCAGGUUGGGCUGUAUUAUGAGGAAGCUUUAGCUGCAUUGAAUGUUGCACCUUUAAACACACAUUUUGAUAAAUCGUGGAUAGCGCAUGUCCAGCUGAAAUCGGCUUUGUUCUAUGCUGAAGCUUGCUUUAGGUAUGGAUUGGAGCUACAUGAAAAAGAAGAAAUAGCAGAGGAGAUUGAACGACUCAGGAGUGCCAUUAACGUGCUAACUGAGGCGAAGAAAAAUUCAAAGGGUGCUGCAGCACAGAUUCUUGAUGCAAUUGGCAAAUUAGAGGCCAAUAUUAACCAAAACCUGGAAAGGGCUGUCAAGGAGAACGACAGGGUUUACCUCAUGAGAGUUCCUUCUCCCAGUUCCCUACCACCUCUUGCAGCAUUUUCUAUGGUGAAGCCAAUGGCAAUGAGUGAGGUGCUGGAUGCAAGCAAAGAGAAGAUGUUUGCUAGCCUUGUACCUGACAGUAGUACAAAGGCCCUCUCCAGGUAUACUGAAAUGGUAGAUGACAUUAUGAGAAUGCAGGCUGAGAAGCUACAGCAAGCUAGUGAGCUAACACGAGUUAGGCUCAAGGAAAUGGAACUUCCGGAUUCUAUUCUUGCUUUGGAAGGAAAUUUUACUCUUCCAACAAGUCUCAAAGAAGAUGUGGAGGCCGUGCAGAUCAGUGGGGGACCUGCUGGCUUGGAAGCAGAGUUACAGCAACUGAGGGACCUAAGGAGGGUGAAUCAAGAAUUAUUGGUCCAGACUGAGGAGCUGUUGCAAAAGGAAGCAAGAGAAGAUUCUCAAUUUAGAAGCCAGUUUGGGACAAAAUGGACUAGACCUCAAUCAAGCACUUUGACAAAGAACUUGCAGGAUAGGCUGAACAGGUUUGCAGGUAACUUGAAGCAAGCUGCUGAAAGUGAUGGUCGAAUUGAGCGUUCGGUUAGAGAAAAUUCGGCAUUCAUGUCAAUCCUUGAUGCCCGCCCGAUUGAAUCCGCACUUCCAACCUUGGCAAGGCCGAUUAUGUCUUUAGAUCAAAAUGAAGAUGCUAUUGUGGGAUCUCUCAAGCAGAGCCUGAGGCAACUAGAAACUCUUGGUGCCCAAAGGGCUGGUCUUGAAGACAUGCUUAAAGAGAUGAAAAGAAAGGAUGAUAUAUUACCAAAGUUGAUGACAUCCACUGGCUCUCAUGAGGAUCUCUUUAAGAAGGAAAUAGCAAAAUAUGACCAUAUUUGUGAAGAAAUAGCAAAUAUUGAGGCACAGGAGCAACUGUUGAUGCAGAUCCAGGCUCAGAAUGAUGAAUUCUCGGCUCUCUUCAAUCUUGAAGACUAUAAAGCUUCACGUGAAAAAUGCUAUAAGCAGAUUGAAGCUGCCAUAGCCAAGUUUCGAGAGAUAAAAGACAACAUUAAUGAAGGGUUAAAAUUCUAUGUUACUCUGCAGGAUGCGAUCACAAAUGUAAAGCAGCAGAGCAAUGACUUCGUAAUGACAAGGAACAUCCAGUGCAGAGAAAUGAUUGAAGAUGUUCAAAGACAAGUGGCUGGUCUGAGUUUCCAAGAUAAAAACUCAGGUGCUUUUAGUAGUAGCUACCCACCAGUUGGAAGCCAAAACCAAAGACCCAGUACACAACAAACAGAUCCUCGUCCCCAAACACCUUAUUAUCAACCACCUGAGCAGCCUCCGGUUUCUUCCUACGGACAUCCCCCUCCCUCAUAUGGUUCAGCAGCGCAUCAGCCUCCACCUCCAUACCACAUUCCACCAACAUCUGCCGCUCCAUACCAACCCCAUCAGGUUCAUCAGCAGGCACCAGCAGAGUAUGGCCAACCUGCAUAUCCUGGAUGGCGUGGUCCAUACUAUAAUGCGCCGGCUCAGCAACCUGGUUCUGUUCCCAGGCCUCCAUAUACCGUUCCAUCUCCAUACCCUCCACCUCAUCAAGGUGGAUACUAUAAGCAGCAAUAGUAUUAUCCAACCGUCUUCUAUAAUAAGAGAGAUUAUUCUUUCCGUCAGCUAUCUCCUCAACAAAUUGGAUUUAGAUAUAACUGUUAUCUUGAAGCUUUAGACCAGCGUGGAGAAUUGGUAUGUACUUUUUGGGUCGUUUCUGGAUUUGUAUUUUGUUAGUUUGCAUUGUAAUUGGUUUGUGAAUAGUUUAUACAAAAAAUGUUGUAAGUACAGUUGGUUUAUUUCCAAUUUUCUACUUUAUGCAGAGUGGGGUUCCCCCAUCUAUACAUGCCAACUCGUCAGAAAACAUAUACUUGUAUCACUACAUAUUCAAAGAUUUCUUACCCUCUUUUAUGGUGAUGAGUAGUAUCAUGUUCGGGAUUGUUUGUCUCUAAAAGAAUGUACUAUGUGGAUUGUCCCUUGUGAACUUUUAUGUUGUAUAUUUCCGUAAACUCAACAAAGGAAAUUGUUGGAUCGUAAGAUGCACAAGAAAUACAAGGGAAUUAAAAAAGAAA